AAUACGAAAAAUUACCGAUCGAUCGUUCGCUCUACAUGUCGCCGCCGACGAUAUUCGUACAUUUCAAUUCCGGACCUUCGCAUGAGCAAACAUAUUGUGAUCUUUAAUCUUCAAAGUUGACUCGACCCGUACUCGAUUGAACACAAAGGGUUUACUUCGACGGCGCCGCGACUCAUUUGAGUCGGCGCGCUUUUAAGCCGCCAUCAUGUUGCGACCGGCGACACCUUUGACGGUGCUGCUUUUCGCGGCUUUCGUCAUGCUGUUGCUCGCAGUCCUGUCGACUCCCAUCAUUAAAGCGAUUCCUCUAGGUACAUACAAAGGCGUGAGCUUUGGAGUCUUUGGGAAUUGCGACGGCAGCCGGUGUACUUCGAUCGAGAUUGGAUAUGAUACAUCCAAACUCUUUUCCGCAAGCGACUCGGCCACUUUCGAUUUGCCCGCUCCGACGCGGACGACGUUAUCCGCCAUUCUUGUGGUCCACCCAGUUGCGUGUCUACUAACACUUAUAAUGCUGAUACUUGCUAUUGUCGCUCAUCUUCAUUCGCCUUCUCAUUCGUCGCGCUAUUUGUUACUACUGUUUAUUUUCGGCAUCAUUACAUUUUUAGUAUGCCUCCUCGCCUUCUUAAUCGAUGUCCUACUUUUCGUUCCUCAUAUGGCUUGGGGCUCCUACAUCGUCCUAGCCGCCACAAUUCUUGUAUUCUUGAGUUUUAUCGUCUCAUGUGCCAUGAGGCGCACAUUGGUUAGCAGAAAGGCGAGGAAGAGGCGGAUUGCAGAGAACGCCGAAAUGAGUGGAGAGAACUAUUAUAAUCGCCAGGCUCAAGUUGAUCCACCUCCCAGUACUACCACCGAUAUUUCCCGACAACCAACCGUUCCGGUGGUUAGCGGAGCAAACGGACCAACUGAUAAAUUACCUGGUUUCACUACAUAUGAGAAGAGGGACGACCGUAGCAGUGAAGAACGUAUACCGUUAACCGCCAGGAGCCCAUCUGAUAGAUCUCCGAAUAAUGUCGCUGCUGAUACGAGUAUGUCGGGUGCUACGUAUAUUGCGCCUUCACGUGCAGGCUCGAACAGUUCAGCUCCGAGAGACCAGUAUGGCAACCCGAUAGACCAGGCUCAGGAUAACUAUAAAGUGCGACGAGGUCCAUCUUUCGAACAAAUGCCUGCACGAGGUCGCGGUGGUGGGGGUUAUAGAGGACGGGGUGGUUACCGAGGCGGCUACGGCGGACCAUAUGGACCGCCUGGUGGAAGGGGUGGAUACGGUCCACCGCCAAACGGCAGAGGCGGCCGCGGUGGGUAUGGCCCACCACCCAACGGUCGAGGAGGCUACGGCCCGCGUGGGGGUUACGGUCCUGGUCUUGGUCCCAACGGAAUGAGGGGUGGCAGAACACCGCCGCCGAAUUAUCCUGGUGGUGGACCUUAUGACCGAAGACCCUCCCCAGCUGCCGCUUAUGGGGACUAUGCUCCCAAUCGACAAGUAUCCCCACCGCCUCCGGGUGGCCCUUAUAACAUGGAACCAUCCUUACCGAAUGUCUCGGCUGGUCUAAACGAAGGGGGUGGCUUUCAAGCAUAUAAUCCGGGUCGUGUAAGUGAGUUGCCUAGAGCCGAAUCCCCACCGCCGCUACCGGGUGUGGAUGAUAUGCCUGGAGGAGGACAUGUUGGUCAAGCUGUGGAAAUGGAUGCUUCCACAGGAAGUCCCGCCCAUCCUCCGCAGGGCUUUGGUCAAUUCAACAACCAACUCAGAGAUAGUGAUGUCGACGUGGCUGGUAUGUUAGCUUUGCAACAAGCGAGGACUUCCAACGCUCAACGACAUGACACUUUCAUGAGUGAAGGUAGCAGAUACAGUCAAGAUGACCAAUAUGUCCCACCCCGACAAGGAUGGAGAGAUGGGCCUACUCGUCCUUCAGCACUCCCUUCGCCUCUUCAAAUCCCUACUCGGUCGAACGAACUUGGUGGUGAAACACCCCCGCCUCCCAUGCCACAACAACCGCAGCAACCGCCAGCGGCUGGUGAUGGAGGUAAUUACUACGAAGAUGUAGAUCCCCGUUUCACUGAGUCUGCUUCUAGACCGCAGCAAGCCGCCCAUGACGAACCAACCGGCCCUGUGGGUUAUGAAGACAUCCCACCCCAACCAAGGAGUCCAGCGAUGUCUGAGCAGUCAGGUUUUACUUCAGUCUCUCAAAGAGGUAUAAACCCUCGGUGGAACCCGCCUCCCGGUCAGGGAUAUAACCAGCAAAUGCCACCACGAAAGCCGGUGAACCGGAACGAAGUGAAUGUUCUUAAUAGUAACCCGGACUUCCAGCUACCGUCAAAUCGUGGUGGACCAAGUGCUGGUGGAGCUGGUAUGAUUCCUGGGAGCGCGUACCCUGGCUUAUAAUAACUCGCACUCAUUCAUAUCCUCUUUGUUCACCGUGGGGCUUACGUGAGCUUCUCAGACCGCAUUACUGAUACAGCAUAUGCGGUUUUCUAACUUCAGGCACAAACCUGUUGAAACACCCUUUUCAUCACUAAGACAUGAUCCGACUAGGUUCUACUGCCGACAUCUCCUUUUUCGUACUCUAUUCCGAUAUACCCUCCUAUGUACACAACUUUUCUCUUCGACAUGCAACUACUUUGACACCUCACUUUGACAUCCCCUGCCGGCAUCAGAAAUAUGGACCUUGUUGAGGAAUGCGUCAUUAUGGAUUCUAGACGGCGAAUACUCGUCGUCAUUUAUGAGACUAUACUUCAGUUACAGAUACUUUGAAUACUUCAACUCGGCUGGCGUAAGGAGCCGAUGGG